AUGCAUUUCCAUCUAUAUCUUUCUCAUUGUGUCUUAAUUUUUACAGGUUUUAUAUGCAAAAUUAUACAAUUCAAUAAAUUUGGCUUAUCUUUUGUAAUAAAUAUGCUUGAUAUUCGUGUAGGAGGCAGAUAUCGAAUUGGCAAAAAAAUCGGCAGCGGGUCGUUUGGAGAAAUUUUCAUCGGCGUCGACAUCCAGACCAACGAAGAAGUUGCUAUUAAGCUUGAAAAAAUCGAUUCAAGGCAUCCUCAGCUUAUUUAUGAAAGUAAACUGAUACGGUUGUUGCAGGGUGGACCCGGACUUCCAGGAAUUCUUUGAUAUGGGGUCGAGGGCAACUAUAACGCAAUGGUCAUGGAGUUAUUAGGCCCGAGCCUCGAAGAUCUCUUUAACUUUUGCAAUCGGCGCUUUACCUUGAAAACUGUACUUAUGCUUGCUGACCAAAUGAUCUGUAGGGUGGAAUAUGUCCACUCUAAGAAUUUCAUACACAGAGACAUCAAGCCUGACAACUUCUUAAUAGGUCUUGGCAAGCGGAGCAGCCUUCUGCAUAUAAUAGAUUUCGGGCUGGCCAAAAAAUACAGAGAUCAGAAAACUCAUAAACAUAUUCCUUAUAUUGAAGGAAAAAGCCUUACAGGGACUGCGAGAUAUGCCUCAAUUAACACCCAUAUGGGCAUUGAACAGUCAAGAAGGGACGAUUUGGAGUCAAUAGGCUACGUUUUGAUGUAUUUUUUAAGAGGAAGUUUGCCAUGGCAAGGAAUUUCAGCUCACGGAAAGCAAGAAAAAUAUCAAAAAAUAAAAGAAGCUAAAAUGAGCUCAGCGGUAGAGGCACUAUGCAGAGGAUUUCCACCUGAGUUUGUAAUAUAUCUUAAUUACUGCAGAGAGCUGAAAUUUGAAGAUAAGCCAGACUAUGGGUAUUUGAGGAGGCUAUUUAAAGAUCUUUUUGUAAGGGAAGGGUAUGAGUAUGACUAUGUUUUUGACUGGACACUUUUAAAUUAUUCUAAUGCAAGGCCACAAAGACAUAGGCAGAGGAUUGAGGAGGAGAAAAAAGAAGCUAGAGAUGUGAGCAGAGAGGUAAUAAAUGAAAGCUCAAACAAAGAGAUCGAAAUAAAGCCUAUUGAAAAGCAGGAUACGAAAAAGUCUGAUAAGAAAAACAAGAGUAAGUGCGAUAUUUUUUAA